GCUCCGCGUCGGCGGUAGGACUGAGGUUUCUCCUCAGAGAACGGCGAGAGGGAGGCCGGCAGGGAGGAGGUGGAGGCCUCCCGUGCUGCUGCCGCCGCGCCAUGACGGCCAACGAGGACCAGGAGAUGGAGCUAGAAGCAUUACGUUCUAUUUAUGAAGGUGAUGAGUGUUUUAAGGAGCUUAGCCCUGUUUCCUUUCAAUAUAGGAUAGGUGAUAAUGGAGAUCCUAAAGCCUUCUUAAUAGAAAUAUCUUGGCCAGAAACAUACCCACAGACAGCUCCAGCCAUAUCUAUGGACGCAUUCUUUAAUAAUGCUAUAUCCUCUGCCAUAAAGCAGACUAUAUUGAAUAAAUUAAUGGAAGAAGUUGAAAUUAACCUUGGAACCUCAAUGACAUAUACCAUUUUUGAAUAUGCCAAAGAUAACAGAGAGCUGUUCAUGGAAAACCAACCUGUUAAUACUGUGACAGUAUUAAACAACUGCAUCUCAGCUGGACAUCCUGAUACAGCCCAACCAAGUAAGAAAAAAGAGAAAAAGGAACAGUUGUCUAAAACACAAAAACGGAAGCUAGCAGACAAAACAGAUCACAAAGGAGAACUGCCUCGAGGAUGGAAUUGGGUUGAUGUAAUCAAGGUAACAUGAAUGACUGUUGAAUAUGUUUGAAACAUCAAGAUGAUAUAUGUUUCAGGCAGUAUCUAAUCCUUUUUUCUCUUUCUUCCUUUGUAACCAUUGUGGACAUUUGGAUUCACGUAUUAUAUUUAACUAGCAUCUAAGCAAAACAGGCUCUAAGGAUGAUGAAUAAGAAGACUUUGAUAUAGGAAAACAACUAUUUCAUUACAGUGCAGCCUGGAGACAAUUUCCAUGACUUUUUUCCUCGCUGGUAUUUUAUAAAAUGACAAUUUAUCCCAGAACUUAAAUGUGCGAAGUUGUGCUCAGACAGAGGAACGUUUUUCUGGUAUCCAUCACUUUCUCUACGUUACAGUUUGCCUUUAAAGAAGAUACACUGAAGCUGAUGUCAUUCUAUUUGGAUUACAACCAUCAUGACUCUGAACAUAACUAUUUAAUUCAUAUUGUUACAUGAUGCAUUGAAAGAAUCAUGAAGAAACUGAUAGUUAUGUGCAAGCGAGAGCAUUAGAUGAUUCACUGUUAUAAGAGAAGAUGUUUCACUUAGAACAUCUCCCUGUUUAAAAAAAAUAAAUCAGACCUUUUAACAUAA